GGCGGGGCCCGGAGGUUCUUCCGCGGCUGCCAGAAGAAAGUCGCCGGGAGAAGCCCCACAGUGCGCUUGCGCAGCGGGCACUUUGCAGACUUAGAGAUACAAAUAGGAAGACAUGUCCACACUCUUUCCUUCCCUCUUCCCACGAGUCACUGAGGCCUUGUGGUUUAACCUGGACCGGCCAUGUGUGGAUGAGAAUGAGCUUCAGCAACAGGAACAGCAGCAUCAGGCCUGGCUGCAGAGCAUUGCUGAGAAAGAUAACAACUUGGUCCCAAUUGGGAAACCUGCCUCCGAGCAGACUUAUGAUGAGGAGGAAGAGGAGGAUGACGAAGACGACGAGGACAGCGAGGAAGACUCUGAAGACGACGAGGACAUGCAAGACAUGGACGAGAUGAAUGAUUACAAUGAGUCUCCGGACGAUGGGGAGAUCAAUGAGGUGGAUAUGGAAGGGGCUGAACAAGAUCAAGACCAGUGGAUGAUCUAGACUCGGGGGUAAAAGGAGCUCAUUCCAGCCUUUGGAGGCGCGUCUGACCUCUGUGAAGCAGGAAAAAGAAGGGACUCUCUCUGUCCCCAGCUAGCUAACGUGGGCGUUCCAAGCCUACCCUAGGUCCUGGCUGGGAAGCAGGAUGCGUUCCUGUCACCAUCCCUGCCGUGUAAGUGCUGCCCUGCUGGGUUGCUCCGUUGUUCUGCUGAACUGUUUUGGGCCAGCUGAAAACUCCAGAGAGGGAAGGACUUGAGGGUCAGCACCUGCCUUUGGCAGCAAGGGCAGCCUGCGUUGCGCUUGUUUGCAUACAUCUGUGUCCCUUUCUGUUCUCAGCAGAAACUAUUUUGUCAAUAAACCGUUUCUUUGUU